AUGAAGCUCGCCGCCCUCUUUGUGCUCGCAGCAGCCGGCGCCGCACUGGCCGACAAAGCCGGAUAUUACUGUGCUGGACUUACCGGAGCUCAAUUCGACGGCAUCUGUGCACUACUUCACCAACAGAAGAUCGUCGGCUUCUUUUUCAUCAGUCCCGCCUACGGCAGAGAUCCGACCAACACCCGAAGAACGCCAGGUGCUCGCCGCCUACUUUUGAAAAUAUCUCCACGAGCCUUGCAAGGCGCCCUUGGUCUCUCCCAUCCUGUCUCCGUACCUAGGAUCUUCACGCUUAUCCCAGCGAUCGGUCCGAAGCUCUUCGUCACUUCCCGGAACAGGGAAUGUCAAGUUACCAGAUUCGACACGACCAAACACUCACUGCGCAUUCAAAAACUACGAGCAAUCCAAAGAUCUCUCGAACGAAACAGUUCCAAGCCUUCCAACAAUUCCUCCAACACAUACGACAAGAUGGUUCGCCUGGCUCAGACUGUCGCUCUCCUGCUCGCCGCCAUCCCAACUGCGCUCGCAGUGGACAUUUGCCAAUGCAACAACGACCGCUACACCUACGGCGCAUGCCAGCUCGCGAUCAAGGCGACCGCCAAUCCUCCAAAGGCACGCAGAGGCCUUGACCGGGUGCCCCCAGGAGACGAUCCGAUCCACCCCCCUCACAAAGACCCGCCGACGACGCGCAACUAUCCGUUUUGGACGUACUAUUGGGACCGGGACGACAAAAAAGGCUAUGCGAGCAUCGCGCCAACGAUCCGAUAA